AUGCAUCAAGAGGACCAGUUCUCGUCUAAAUGGCGAGUUGCUAAAGCUUGCGCUCGCUGUCAUCGAUUGAAGAGUAAAUGUGUCUACGAGGACCCAACUUUCAAGACCUGUAAGAGAUGUUUCAAUUUGGGUCUCAAAUGUUCAGUUGAUGAAGACCCAACAGCAGUGAAUGCCAGGAAAAGGAAACAUACCAGAACGCAUCAGCAGGUUGCUUCGAGGAUCACAAAGUUGCUUGAUGGUAUCGAUAAGGAGUUGGAAUUCUUCGAAGAGAAACAACCCCAGGAGAACAGUGAGUUCCAUUCGCUGCUUUCCCUCCUCUCAGCAAAGCUCAACCAAGCAGGGGCCAGACUAGCUGACAGCUUCAGCUUGAAUGGCAAGGCCAGUAUCCAAGUCGGGCUUCCGAAUAUUCAUCCCAACACAAAUGUCACACAUGAGCUCAUCUACACCCAUAAGGUGCUCUCUGAACAAGAGGCAAGAAGACGUCUCAGCUACUUCCUCAACGAAAUGCUUCCCUUUUUCCCCAUCGUGGCUCUACUGAGAAGCUUGCAUGACUUCGAUACACUUAUGAAGACGGAUUCUACUCUUCUCCUAACGUGCAUCUUCAUAACCACUGUGAAUGAUAACGCACUUUCCGAUGAAAGUCCGUCAAAGGAGUCAAAUAGGCGGCUUCAUGAAACUCUUAGCCACUACGUCACCACAGAGAUUUCAAAGCAUAUCUUUGAGCGUUCUACAGCGUUCACCUACCACUUGGCAAUUUCUUGCCUUCUAUUAUCGCUUUGGUCCAUACCAUCGGACCGUAAGGGCCAAUUCAGGAGCCAGGUUGACCUUGUAAAUGCCCAUGGAGUGUCUCUUUGUGCUGACGUUGGUAACGUUUCAACAUACCAAAUCAAAGCUCUCGCAGAUGAUAAUUCAUUGGAGAGGAAUAACUUGAGAACAUUUUUGGCUGUUUACAGUUGUUGUGGAUCAUUGAGUUUUUCUUUACCAAGAUUCCGCAUUGUAUCAUGGUGUCUAAGACAUGAUAUCGCCAUAAAGCAAUUACUUACGCGAUACGAGCAAUCAAUACCAACCCCAGAGGAUGUAUUUGUGUGUUGCUUCACGCGAUUAGUAAGAAAAGGGCAGGAAAUUUUCGACUAUUUCAUUUCUCAUGGUGUCACUGUCAGUUUCCUAAGUACUGAAUCGGGUGCUAAGGUAAGGACUCGUUCAGAUGAUACGACAUUUGCUAGCGUCACCAACAGUUUGGAACGCUUUAAAGUUGAGUUGACAAUGAUCCUAGCAGAAAGCGGGUUAAUUGACCCACAGACUUUGGCACCAAGACCGGAAGCAGAGAUACGAAAGUAUUGUCUAAUUAUUGUCUAUCAUCAAUUAAUGAUGAUGAACCAUGACACGCUUCUAAGCUGGCAAAUUUUCCACAUGAAGCCAGAGGCUGACAAUCUGCAAAUAAUUCCGCUCAUAAAACAUCAUGUCAACCGAUUCAAAGAAGCUUGCGACGCAAUCUUGAGUUACUACAUCAAGAUGAACCAGAUUUCAUCUAAAAAUUACCCUACAUGGUUGCAGUACAGGUGUGUUCAUGCGCUUAUUUCAUUGGUGAGAUUACUUAUUCUUAUCAAGACAAAAGCGAAGGGAUUCGAGUUGGACGGUUUUGAUGAAAUCAAGCAAAAGCUUGACUAUUAUAUCCACAAUGUGAGAUCUAUUCUUGACAAUAAUGUUAAGGCAUACGACUCCGUUGUUUCGGGCCGCGUGAAACUAAUUGUUGACAGAAUUGUAAAGUGGAAGAAGGUGGUUGAAAGUCUGAAGAGCUCCAUGAAACUCGACUAUAUUAAUAUCACUCAAACCAUGAAGGGUCAAGAGAUGGAGAAGCUCAAAGACCCCACAAGUGCUCCAAGCAAUGGUCGCAAGAGAAUCAAAGUUGAAGUUCAGGAGGAUGUUGAAAAGGGUACCGAGAAUACUCCAGAUAGCGGUACAAGCUUUGAUCCUGAAGAAUUUUUGCCUCAGUUCCCAGACCUUACAAUGGCAUCCAACACAGAGAUUUUCAAGGAUUUCGACCGUGACUUUUUGAGUUGGGUUUCGAUGAAUCUACUCUAUUCUUGA